UCAAGAUUGUGUGACGUUAUACAAUCAGGCGGAGUUAAAAUUGUUUCUCAGUCUGUGGGUUUAUUUAAAUCGUUCCUACCUCAAAUAAUGACUUCUCCUGUUCAUCAACCAGUGGAGAUGAACCCCGCCAUCCUGCCUCUAGACUGGCUUUUGGGUACCUGGCAGUCUGACGAACCAGGGGAGGGCCGCUUUCCUAACAUCAAACCUUUCCGCUAUUUGGAGACGCUUCACUUCAGCCACGUCGGGCAGCCUGUCGUCAACUUUGCGUUCAACGCUUUCCACGCAGACUCCAAGAAGCCGCUGCACCGCGAGUGCGGCUUCAUCCGGAUGCAGCCGGAAACCAAUAAUGUGGCUUUUAUUGUGGCCCAGAACUCAGGUUUGGUGGAGAUUGAGGAGGGUGAGGUUACAGGCCAGCAGCUGAACCUGCGUAGCCACACCAUUGCCAGAAUGUCCUUCGCGAAGAAACCUCACGUAAAGGAGAUUUCACGAGUGUUUCAGCUCAGCGCAGAUGGGAGACUGGAACAGAGGGUUUCCAUGGCAACAGACAACCAGCCACUGAUGGAGCACUUGCGCAUCACUUACGUCCGCUCGUCUUGAAGAAAAAAAAGCCAAAUGAUUCAGAGAAAUUUUUUCAUGUGGUUUGUGGUGUUAUUUUGAACUGGAAAUGGUUGUGCUGCAUCACAUUUGAAGAUUUGAAUUCUCUAGUUGUCCGUUAUCUGGGAUGAUUUUUUCGUGUUUGUUUACAGUAAAACUUAUGUAGCACUAAAGAAUGUACACUAUAUGCUAACUUCCACAUGGUUAUUAUUUAGGGACACCGGGUUUAUUCUGAUUUGUCUUAUGUGGUAAGUGUCUUUAUGUUCUGCGCAGGACCAAAAAUUAACAUCUGUAAUCACCAAUACAUGCCUGCGGGUGGCACUGUUUCAUCACUUUGCAUUUGACCUCAGCACAGUUUUGAACGUAAGAUAAAAUUUAGGGUCGGAUUUUAAAGCUUUUCCGUUGAUCAUGAGGUAGAUGAAUGCCAACGUGUUGGAAUUGGACAACUUUAAAUCUACUUGCACAUUCUUCAUUCACCAAACAUGCUAUGGUGACUUUCCGCAGGCUGUACACAUGUAAUAACACACUUUAAAAUAAUUGAUAUUUUGUUUUCUCAUCAGUUUAUCUGUAUAAAGAACAAAUACGUGAUUUCUAAAAUCGUUUUUUAGAAAAGAUACAAGAGACCUGUUCAUACAUUCAUUCAAAAUGAAGAACCAUAACUAAAAACUAUUACAUUUUCAUGAGGGUAAGUUGUGAUUGGGUUCAUUUUAUGUUAAUGGAUUUGGUGACAAUGUGACUUCUAUAAAAAAAAAAAGUGAAUUAAAAAAAAUACCAAUGUUACAAAUAUUUUACUAAAAUAAAAUCAAUUUAGUAAGAA